AGAGGGACACAUGCAGGUCGAUGUGAGCGGAGCUGAGGUUAGAUUGUAUGGAGCAUUAUCUCGCCGUCUUCUCGCCGUUCCUAUGUACAGUCGUGGAGCAGGUGCGUGGAUAGACCCCCGAGUGAAUAAAUAAGGAAAACCCUCCUGACUGUUUCCUUAUCGACCGGUUUGACUGCGGCUACCUCAACUGUGUCGCUUAGAAAUUACAUCCAGGACUCUAAGCAGGUAUCAUGAGAGGUCUGACUGGACCAACAACGGCUCACUGGUUUGUGGACUACCCUGGACCGCAUCUUGGGUGUCAUUUCCAGACGGUGUUCGCUUAGCUAAAUUAGUUGCUUUAUUUCUUAGGCAUCUGAUCAUGUUCAACACGUUGCCUGGCAGCGAGUCUGGAUCAGGUCACCGGUUCACUACAUCCAUAAUUUAGGAGAAUGCCUCCUGGCUGUACCUUCUCCGUCUCACCCCUUCAUCCUCACCCCCACCUCCGAAGAUCAAACACCUCUCCAGCUGUCUGAGACAUCCGAGGUCCUCACCUCCAUCCGUCUUGUUUGCCUGCCUGACAGACAGACUUCCCAGAGGUGAUGCGGCGGUUUGUUUACUGCAAGGUGGUGUUGACCACCUCCUUGGUGUGGGUGCUGGUCGACGUGUUCUUGCUGCUGUACUUCAGCGAAUGUAACAAAUGCGAUGAGAGGAAAGAUCGCUCUCUGCUCCCCGCGCUCCGAGCUGUGAUAUCUCGGAGUCACGAGGGUCCGGGCGAGAUGGGCAAGGCGGUAAACAUCCCUAAAGACGACCAGGGGAAAAUGAAGGAGCUCUUUAAGAUUAACCAGUUUAACCUGAUGGCCAGUGACAUGAUUGCGUUCAACAGGAGUCUACCAGAUGUGAGAUUGGACGGCUGUAAAACCAAGGUGUACCCAGACGACCUGCCCAACACCAGCAUCGUCAUCGUGUUUCAUAACGAGGCGUGGAGCACCCUGCUGCGGACCGUCCACAGUGUCAUCAACCGCUCUCCGAGACACCUGCUGGUGGAGAUUGUCCUGGUAGAUGAUGCCAGUGAGCGAGACUUCUUAAGGACAAAGCUGGAGGAUUAUGUGCGGACAUUAGAGGUGCCUGUGAAGAUUCUGAGGAUGGAGCAGCGGUCGGGUCUGAUCAGAGCCCGGCUCAGGGGGGCGGCCGUAACCACAGGCCAAGUCAUCACCUUCCUUGAUGCUCACUGCGAGUGCACGUUGGGCUGGCUGGAGCCCCUGCUGGCUCGCAUCAGAGAGGACGGAAGAGCAGUGGUGUGCCCUAUCAUAGAUGUYAUCAGCGAUGAGACGUUUGAGUACAUGGCGGGUUCGGAUAUGACUUAUGGAGGCUUCAACUGGAAGCUGAACUUCCGAUGGUACCCAGUUCCUCAGCGGGAGAUGGAUCGACGUAAAGGAGACCGAACGCUUCCAGUCAGGACUCCCACGAUGGCAGGAGGGCUAUUCUCCAUAGACAAAACAUAUUUUGAAGAAAUUGGAAGCUACGAUCCAGGGAUGGAUAUAUGGGGUGGAGAAAACCUGGAAAUGUCUUUUAGGAUCUGGCAGUGUGGCGGAUCCUUGGAAAUUAUUACAUGCUCACAUGUGGGGCACGUUUUCCGCAAGGCCACUCCAUACAGCUUUCCUGGAGGAACAGGCCAAGUUAUCAACAAGAACAACCGACGGCUGGCUGAAGUCUGGAUGGACGAAUUCAAAGACUUCUUUUAUAUCAUUUCACCAGGUGUGAUGCGGGUGGACUACGGAGAUGUCUCCUCCCGCAAAGCUCUCCGAGAGGCCUUGAAGUGUAAACCAUUUUCCUGGUAUCUAGAGAACAUCUACCCUGACUCCCAGAUCCCAAGAAGAUACUUCUCACUUGGUGAAAUCAGGAAUGUGGAGACCAACCAGUGUGUGGACAACAUGGGAAGAAAGGAGAAUGAGAAAGUUGGCUUUUUCAACUGUCAUGGCAUGGGUGGAAACCAGGUCUUUUCCUACACAGCGGAUAAAGAAAUCCGGACGGAUGACCUCUGUUUGGAUGUCUCCAGGCUCAACGGGCCCGUCAAGAUGCUCAAGUGUCACCACAUGAAGGGCAACCAGAUGUUUGAGUACGACUCCGAGUAUGUUGGCAAGUGGGAGUAUGAUUUUGAGAAACACACCUUCCUCCACAUCAUCACCCAGUCAUGCCUGACCAUCAGCCGUCUGGAGGACGGCACCUACGGCCCCACUGUGGAGUACUGUAACAACAGCCCUUUGCAGGCGUGGAUCCUCCACAACUACACCCGCCUGGAGGUCGCUAGGCACCUUUACUUCAGUCCCACCGAUUAUAUUCUCUAAACUAACAUCUGCUCUUUGGGGCAGCGUUUUGGGGGGCAUGAGGUGAGCACAUGUUAGCUGUCGCGAUCUAGUUUAGCAAUGUAGUUUAGAUCGGUUAGAUUGUUUAGUCGGUAGUUGCCUCCAGAGCAGAUUGUCACUUUAGAUAUUUUAUUUUCCUUUUGUAGGAAGAGCAGAUGGAUUCGGAGCAUGUUGUGCUUCUUUCAGGUCUUAGAAUGUGGAUGCAGAUUGUUCUACGGAGCAUUAAAAAGCUUUUACUGGUGACCUUUUAGAGGGAAUCCAUGAAGACAGGGCAGAAGCACAUUAAGCAGUGACAGAUGUCCCUUCAAGAUGCUUCAGUGUAUAAGAUCUUAUCUGCAGGACCUUUAGCUAGACUUCAUGCUAAAUUAGAUCUCAUUUGACAUUUAUUUUCCAACAUGAAUGUUUUAUUUUGAUGUGAAUAUUCACUGGCUGUGUCCUGGUCUGCCCACGCCUGGUGAGUGAUGUUUGAAACGGAGGAGGACGUGUUUAUUUUUAGCUGAUUAUCUACCAGCACACAUGAUUGAAAUGGGUCAGCUAUUGUUUACAAGUUCUUUGAAGUGAUCCUUCAUUGUGGCGCUACCUUUUCAUGGCUCUGGACACUCAGAUGGCUCUCUUAUUGGCCUGAAGCAGCUGUGCACACUGUGUGCCAUGUUCAGAUUGUUAAAGCAAUGAAUCCCAAUCAUCUGGGCUUUUCACCACUCUGCCUACUUAUUUACAUAGCUCUGUAAGAGAUGUUCUUUUGCUCCAGUUUUUUUUUUCAUUUCAGAGUUGUUAUUUUCCCGCCUUUGCGCCUGUCAUUUUCUCUAUAGCCUAUUCUGCUCUGCAGACUUAUCUCAAGUUUGCACUUCAGAGUCCUGAAUCUCGGUGACUCUCAAACGGCUAAAGAGCAUGUAGAACGCCACGGUUUUUGUGUCCCGGCUCCGUAAAUUGAGCGAGGAGCUCCCAGAACUUGUGGUGUGUGUCGGAGUCAUGGCAGCAAAGUGACGUGCUGUUAGAUGGCCUGAUUUGCUGGUCGCGCUCUGAGUUCCUCCUGACAUUGCCCUAAGAAGAAGGAAGCACGGAUGCAAGACCCAGUCAUCAUUAAAGCAAACGAAACUAUUGCUUCACUCUGCCUUGAAAUAAAAGGAAAGCGCCUGAAAAGAAAGAAAAGGAAAAAAAGGAAAAUAAGUCAGCCUCGUAGAUCUCCACAGUCAAAAUGGUGACUCUUAUGCCUCGAUGCAAGUGUAGUGUGCUGCCUGGUGACAGGAAGGACGGUUCGAAGCAGUCUUCAUUUAAUUAGCUGGUCUCAGCUGUGCAAACGGUCUGUAACUUGCUCCAGAGGCCCUGCUUCAUUUGCUAAGAGGUUAGGAUGGGAGUUUUCUCUGCCCUAAAGCUGGCAUGAAAUAAUUAUGAGCAAAGAACUGGACUUCCACAGUUCUGCUAAUUUCAUUUAAGGUGCAUUUUCCCUGCCCUCCAUUGUCAUACUCCUCUCUUAAUGUCUCCUGCUAUUAUAACUUGGAAUUUUUAAAUGAAAAGAAAAAUAUGUCUCUCAAUAACAACUGAGUCAACCUGAUGCGUCUUCCUCCAGCAAAGAUCAUUAAUAAUUGUGAUAUAACGAAUAAGUUUUGGUCCAGCAUUAAAAUAUUAUCAACUUCUAGACAUUAUAGUCAAGCUUAUAAUGAGAUUCCAGAGCGUAGUGAGGUUUCAAUUAUUUUACAACAAAAUACUUGCAAGACAUUUUGCAACAUUUCCUUAUGUUAUUGGAGUUCAGUUGCAGCAAGCCCUACCAGCUGCAGGGGUUCACUCCAUGGCCAGACUGCUAAUGAAUCAUGAAUCAGCACUUUUUGUUCUAUUUAGACAGCUUUGUGUUAUUGUGGAUUGCGCAAAAAAAAAAGUAAAACAUGUAUGCUAUUCUGUGACUUCUUGAAGGUUCCUAGACUGACUACAGGGUUAAAUAGCCAAUAAAGUAUGCAGAGCAAAUGUAAAACUCUUAGAUAGUAGAGGUAUCAGCCAAACAGCCAAAUGAUAAUAAGUUGUUUUGUGUAUGAAAAUAUACUGAGGUGUCACACACACACACACACACACGCACACGCACACACACACACACACGGUCUUGUUAAAACACUGAGCUUUUUCAUGGGGGUUUGUUGUUGUGUAAUCAAUCUAUCUUCUAUUUGUGUCUAAAUUAAAGCACGGGACGUUGAAACCAAACUGUAACUUUAAAAUUAAUAUACAGACUGAACAAUUUUUGCAUCCAGAUGAUGUCUUUAUUAGCCUACUCUGUCGUCACAAGUGGGUAGCUAAAGAAAUAUGUUCCUUUAAACUUUAAGUUUGACACCCUUUAUAUUGAGAAUCUACUUUUCUUUUUAAAGAACUCGCUGUUAUAUCCAGAUCGAAUAAUAAUAGCAUGGAUGCAUUUUGCCUGGCGAGGCUACAUGCGUGACGGCAACCGGAUGGUGCUUCAUGAGCCAGACUUCAGCUGAAAUAUUGUGGCGUUUUGAUAGCGUAAAGUCUUUUUAUUGAUACUACUGCUCAUCAUUUUCAAAUGAUACAAACAGUUUUUCUUUUUAUGUCAGGAUUAUAUCAUUCUUCUUUUUUAUCAUUUUUUUUCCCUUUUUCUAAAUAAAGCAACCUCUUUGUUCUUUUCUCCAGUCUUUUUGGCAGGUGCGAAGGAUCGUGUGCCACCUGCUCUUUGUUCUCACUCUGUUUGAACAAAUGAGCCUUGUUGGACAGUCUGCAACGUGCACUUCAGGAAGAAUACGUGUGUGUGUGCACAUCCUCAUAUCUGGGCAGAGAAAUACUGGUCCUUGUGUUUUUAUAGCUUAAGAUCAAACAUGGCCCGAGCGUCUCUGCGAGCUCAUUAGUCUGGAGAUCCUCCGUCAACGGCCAAAGCACAAUCUUGUUUUAAUGAACAAUUACAGUGUGCCUCCAAUGUAGGAUAAAAAAACGCUGUGGCAAUCACAGACUGAAUAUUAUAGUUCUUCAUAUGUAUUUUACCUCAUAUUGGUAAAGAAUGACUCCCAAGAUAAGGCUGCGCUUACUGUAAAACCGGGGGUUAUAUCCGCUUUGCUAUUGCAGUCUUACUUUGAAAGAUACCCAUAAAUUAUAUUACAAUACAGAACUGUUUGCCUUUGUAAUAUAGAUUUUGCAAACCUUCAUUACAAACCAAUUAGAUGCUGGUGCAUCUCCAGCAAUUAACUGGAGGUAAAGUGGAGAUACAUAUUUUACAAUUAACUGGAGAUGCACCAAUCACAAACUUUUUCUUUAAAAAGCAACAUAAAAAUCGUCCGAUUCUGA